AUGUCACAGCCAGGCAAGGGAAAGCAUGUCCUGUUGACGGGAGCUAACGGAUUUGUUGCCUCCCAUAUCUUGUCCAUUUUAAUUGAUGAAGGCUAUUUCGUGACAGCGACUGUUCGGUCUCCGUCCAAGGGGGACGCCAUCAUCGCAACCCAUCCUACAUGGAAGAACAACAUUGAAUUUGCGAUCGUGUCAGACUUUACGUCCGAGACACCGUUUGAUGACAUCUUUUCAAAGGCGAAAGCGCCAUUCGACUAUGUGAUCCAUACCGCAUCGCCAUUAAAGUUCAAAGUCUCCGAUAUCCGCAAGGAGAUGAUUGAGCCCGCUGAAAAAGGCACAACGGAGAUACUGAAAGCUACUCAAAAGUAUGGUGGCUCCACUCUGAAACGAUUCGUGCUUCUUGGCAGUGCGGUUGCCGUGCUGAGCUCAUUCGAGGACAUGACUAAAGAGGGCAAACCUUACACCGAGAAAGAUUGGAACCCAGUCACAGCUGAGCAGGCUGUUGAACGAAAUGACCCCGUUCUCGGAUACAAUGUUUCGAAAACCAGAGCCGAAACCGCAGCAUGGGAAUUCUUCAAGCAAAACAAAGUUCCCUUUGACUUGACUGUUAUCAACCCAGAUAUCAUUACUGGACCGAUGAUCCAUCCUAUCGAAGGAGCAGGCUCCAUCAAUGAAACCAACCAUUUCGCUAUCGCCAGCUUCAUUGAUAGAACUCACAAAACCAUCGACGGAGUCGAAUUCCCUUUCUAUCACUUUGUACGAGAUACCGUUGAUGUUCGGGAUGUGGCACAGAGCCAUGUCGAUGCCCUCACCAACCCAGCAGCCGCAAACCAGCGGGUUCUUUUGAUAUCCGGGCUCAUUUCCCCGCAGCUAGUGGCUAAUACCAUACGUGAAAAUUUCCCCAGCCUCAAAGAUCGAGUGCCGGAGGGAAAUCCCUCGCAGCUUCUUCCUCCGGGGAUCCAUCCAACCGGCUGGGAUAUGAAGCUUAGUUUGGAAAUUUUGAGCAAGGGCCACAAAGGGGGAAAUGGGAAUACGUCGAUUUGA